AUGGCCGAAGCACAACCACCGACCGAUCCCCACACAUACAAUGGUGGCUGCCACUGUGGUGCCGUUCGCUACCAAGUGGUCCUCGAUCGGGCCAACCUCCAGGGGGGGCGCUGCAACUGCACGAUUUGCCACAAGAAGGGCAGUCUGAUCUUCCAGGCGUCCGAGUCGACCGUGACCCUCCUGAAGCCGGCGUCGUUUACGUCUCCUGAGCUGGGCGACUACACGUUCGGCUCGGGGAGCGCGCACCACUACUUCUGCAAGACGUGCGGCGUGUCGAUGUUCGCAAAGAGCUCGUACGUGCUGGACGGCAAGGCGGCGGAUUUCCUGACGGUCAACGGACUCACGAUCGACCAGAGCGUGGGCGACGAGGGAGAGACGGAGGAGGAGGGCAAGCUGGAUCUGAGCGGCGUGAAGGUUCGCUAUUGGAACGGGCUGAUGAACGACUGGAAGGGCGGGCUGCGCGAUGAGCCGUUUCCUGGAGGCUGUUUGUGA